CAGUUGUUUUUAGUGCGUGAGAGAGAUUGGUUGCAGUGGAGGCAUUGCAGCAUUGCAGCAGAAAACGAAAAUCGGUUCAUACAUCUAACACUACAUAUUCAUAUUAUGUGUUUGUACUCAGCUAACCAGUUUCGUAUAUAUGUUAUGAAAUCGAGUUAUUUUACAAUUAUUACUUUACUUUCGAUCGUUGGCCUUCGAUACAAUUCGAUUGGUGUCAAUGCUGCAAACUCGGAUCAAAGUCUCCUAAGCACGCAUUUUAAGCUGCAAAAUCCACCAAUGCCAGAUGCUAAACGGGAUAGUAAUUUGUUUCAAAUUAUAAAUGAGUGGAAAUAUAUGGAUUUUGAAUAUCCAACGUUUGUUGAAAGACAGCUGGCGAUCAAAAAUGGCGAUUUUAUCCCGAAGAAUAAUUUACCAUUAGGCAUUGAUGUAUAUGGUAAUCGGCUUUUUAUAACAACACCGCGCUGGAAGGAUGGUGUUCCGGCUAGCUUAGUCACCGUCACAUAUCCAACAAAGGAGAUAAGUCCACCGGUAAAGCCCUAUCCAUCAUGGCAGGCACACAGCAGCCCCUACAAUGCGGACUGCUCCAAGUUGAUAUCCGUUUAUCGCACCGCAGUCGAUGUCCAAUGCAAUCGGUUGUGGGCUAUUGAUUCUGGAAUUGUGAAUGCUACGGUUAAAUUAAAUCAGAUCUGUCCACCCAAAAUUGUGGCCUUCGAUUUGAGCAGCGAUGAGAUGCUCGUCCGCUAUCAACUGCCCGAAUCACAGAUUAAACAGGACUCGUUGCACUCAAAUAUUGCCGUAGAUAUUCGGAAUAAUGAUUGCUCGGAUGCCCACGUGUUUGUUACAGACGUCUGGAGAUUUGGCAUUGUUGUCUAUAGCUUACUAAAGAACCGGAGCUGGCGUGUGACAAACUAUAAUUUUUCACCCAACCCCUUGGCAUCGGAUUUCAAUGUCUACGGCUUAAACUUUCAAUGGUUGGACGGGGUAUUCGGCAUGAGUCUAUCGAAUGGACCCAGAAGCUCGGAUCGAGUGUUAUACUUUCAUCCCAUGGCAAGCUAUAAGGAAUUCAUGGUGUCGACAGAUCUAUUACUGGAUGAAUCCCUUUGGACUAACGGCACUGUGGAUACAUCCAAGUUAUUUAUUUCGAUUGGUGAUCGGGGCUUAAAUGGCCAAUCCUCCACUUCUGGCAUCGCUCGAAACGGCGUUAUGUUCUUUACCCAAGUACAUCGAGAUAAUGUUGGUUGUUGGGACACGUCCAAACCAUAUAAAAGAUCCAAUUUGGGUACUCUUCUUAAGAAUUCAGGAAAUGAAACGUUGAUUCAAUUUCCUAACGACUUAAAAAUUGAUCAAGAGCAGAGGCAAGGCGUUUGGGUCAUCAGCAAUCGUUUACCAAUUUACUUGUACAGUCAACUCGACUAUAGCGAUAUCAAUUUUCGUAUUUUAAGAGCCGAUGUCGAUGGCAUCAUUGCGUCAACAAUAUGUAAUCCCAUGUUCGAAUCAGCCAGGAAAGAGAAGUUCACUGUUGUCUCCAUAGAAGAGGGCCAGUGUUAUUAA